CUCAUGUGCCUAUGGGUGGCCAUGCCUGGGGUCUGUGUUGCACAGUGUGCAGGGUGAGGAGCGGCUGCAGCCCUGCCUGGACUGCGCUGUCACCACCAUUCUCUGGGAACUCAUCUGGCACCAUGAUGUCACUUCCCUCUGGCUGGACCCUGCGGCUCCUGGGGACCCUGGUACUCAUGCUGCUGCCUGGGGGAGCUCUCAGUUAUUGUGUUGAUCCACCUGACAUUCCCAAUGCUGUUCGGAAGACUAAUGUUGGCAUAUUGAUUCCACCCGGGAUGGUGAUUAGAUAUGGCUGCCGCCCAGGUUAUAAGCUAAUCCCUGGAAGAAGGCAAGGGCAUGUUACUUGUCUUCAAAAUUUGACCUGGUCUUCAGCUCCGAACUUUUGUCAGAAAGUUCGUUGUCCAGCUCCAGAUGUUAACAACGGGACACCGAAACCGAUGCCUAGACCUGGAGAGGAGACCUAUGCGUUUGAGGACAGAGUUACAAUUAAAUGUGAUUUGGGGUAUGAUAUCAAAGACAGUAUCAAAGGAAAUGCUCAGAUUCACUGCAAACAUGAUGGCACAUGGGAUCCUGCUGUACCAGUUUGCGAACCAGCUUGUGAGCCACCUGCACGCAUCUCUAAUGGACGGGACGACCGCGGCUGGAAAAAUGAUUUCCUUGUUGGCUCAAGUGUGAGCUACUCCUGUAACCGUGGUUGGUCACUUGUUGGGGUAUCCUCCAUUCAAUGUACAGCUGGUGAUGGGGGAACUCCGCGCUGGGAUGCACCUGCCCCUGAGUGCAAAGCUUGUGAGCCACCUGCACGCAUCUCUAAUGGACGGGACGACCGUGGCUGGGAAAAAGCUUUCCCUGUUGGCUCACGUGUGAGCUAUUCCUGUAACCAUGAUUGGUCACUUGUUGGAGUAUCCUCCAUUCUAUGUAUAGCUGGUGAUGGGGGAACUCCACGCUGGAAUGCAUCUGCCCCUGAGUGCAAAGGUUCUGUGUUGAACACAACUGACAACUCUGCUGAGCCUCAAGGUGAAGACAUAAUUACCCAGGACAAACCCACAACUGUCCCUCCCAAAGGAGCAGAAGUAGCUGGUACUUCCUCAGGUUCUGCGAUGAACAUAGCUGGCAACUUUGCUGAGCCUGAUGGAGAAGGGCGUGUCAUAGUCCUUGCAAUAGGCAUUGUCACCGGUAUUGGUAUCGUAGUUCUUGGUGUAGUUCCUGCAAUUAUAGCAUCGGCAAUUUUGAAGAAAAAUAGGAUCAAGGUCGAUGCUAGCUAAUGGCUUACAAAUUAACAGACAUAAUAUUGGAAGAAAAGAAUGGAAAAGUUAGGAAAUAAGCUUCAUACAUUUGCACUGAAUUUUGGUAGUGAAAAUAGACCUCUCUCAGGCACUUUCACUACAACUUUUCUCCUUUGAACUGGACUUGCAAUUGGAAUCCACUGCAUUUGAAAAAAGCAAAAAGUAAAAGGGAAGUGGAUCAUCCCUUUUGUCUUUAAAAACUGGUUUCUGAAGCAAGCAAAGGCAGUUGGCAGCAUCAAAAUUACUUGCUGUUCUGUACACGCAGCUGGCUCCUUAUUCCACCUCUCCAUAGUGCUAAAUGUUUCACCUGUUAAAGAACAUGUUGGCCAUCUGAGUGUGGCAUAGUUUGGAUUGCGGGUUUUAGCUGCAGGUGGCAAGAGAGCCUGUUUAGAUGCCUGCUUACAGGCUUCCAUCAUGAUGUGCGUAAUAUUAGUCUUUAAACCCAAAUGUAAAGGUCUAAAUGGAAUGUUGUGGAUUCUUGAUGUGACCUUUCUUCAGAUUUAGUCUUCAGCUACAGAUGUUGAAGUGAGA